AUGGCCGACGGUCCUUACGCACUGAACGACGAUGGUACAGCCAAGGAUCCGGCUGCUUUCCAGCAGGCGCUGAAAUCUGAUCGAGAAAAGAUGCAGGCGCUGAAAGAAGAGCCUGAAACAUUGAGAAUUGUGAUGGGGGACGACAUGCAUGCCUUUCAGGAGCUGAUCAAGGGCGUUUACCAGGCAGAAAAGAAGCGGAUGGAGCGUGCCAGCAAAUCCUUGUCAGAGAGGACAAUUGAUGCUCAGAGAGCGUCAGCUACUGUUCCCAGGGAUACCGUGCAGUUGUACCAGCAGUUGCAUGCCUCUGGGCUGCAGUACGGGCCGGCCUUCCGUCUGCUGCGCAAUGUGCACACUCCAGACCUCAGCGCGCAGUGA